AUGGGUUGUUGUGGGUCAACAAAGAAGAAAAAUAAUACAGUAGAACAUUCUCCUAGUUCAUUACCAGUAAAUCGUGAAAUAAUGCCUGAGCUUUCAGAUACUAUCAUUAAUGAUUUAUUAACGAAAACAAAAUUUUCAAAACAAGAAAUACUUGAUUGGUGGUAUGGUUUUUUAACUGAUUGCCCAUCUGGAUUAUUAGAUAAGAAGAAAUUUAUUGAAGUUUAUCAAUAUAAAUAUCCAAAUGGAAAAGCAAAAAAAUUUUGUGAUCAUGUUUUUCGAACAUUUAAUCCAGAUAAGAAAACUCAUGUGAUUGAUUUUGAACGUUUUAUGUGUGUAAUUGAUAUAACUUUAAAUGGAAGUACGGAUGAGAAACUUGAAUGGGCAUUUACAAUGUAUGAUAUUAAUGGUGAUCAACGUAUAUCAAAACAUGAAAUGUCAUGUGUUGUUGAAUCAAUGUUUGAUUUAUUAGGUAAAGAUAGAAAAGGAGGCAAUGAUCCACGAAGACAUGUUGAUCAAAUAUUUUCACAAAUUGAUUCGAAUCAUGAUAAUUAUGUUAGCAAAGAAGAAUUCUUAUCAGGAUGUAAAGCAGAUGAAAAAAUUCGAACAAUUCUAGCACCACAAUACUGA